GAUCAUUUGUGCUUCAUCCAUCGUAGUGAAAAGAUCAAGGAGACUUAGCUUCCCGUGAUUUUGUGACUCGAUUUGCACAGCAUAGCAUAUGAAGAUUUUGAAAUGUGGAUGUAAUUCAUACAGUUGCUAAAAUAAUAGUCUGCAUGAUGACAAGAGCAACCGUAGUCCGAUCCCCGACAAUAGACCGACUUCAUUCUAUGCACCAGGAGAGUGCCAUUUCUAAGUCGCGAGGUCUAAACGAAAAUGCAUUGCGAGAGAAAUCUGGCAGCAUAUCAGGAAUCAUCAGAAACCGCGCCUUGUCAGGAAAGCCUAAAAAUAUCGCCCGAAUUUCAGGGAAACCGAUAAACUCGUCAUGGAAGCCGAUUAAUAACACGUUACGGGAGCCGAGAUAUUCUACCCACACGCCAUGGGAGUCUCACACUCCAGGGAAACCGACAAGCUAUACCCAUAAUUUAGGGAAACCGAGAAGCUAUGCCCUCACGGCACUGGAGCCGACAAACAAUCCUCACAUGCCCUGGCAACCGAGAAACUCUCCCCUCCCACCAUGGGAGUCCCACACUUCUGGAAAACCGAGGAGCUAUACCGUCUCGCCGUGGGAGCCGAGAAACUUCACAUCCACGCCAGGGAAGCCGGAGAAUUCUACCCGCAUAUCAGGGAAGCCAAGAAGCGUCCCUGAUCUAUAUCCCCUUAAAACUCCAACGAAGGAAAGAGACCAACAGAAAGAAGACAGUGCUAGCAUUCAGGAAAUCAGACAUCCACAUCCAUCUAAGAGAAGAAAUAGUCUUGGCUAUGUUGAAACGCACCAACAAGAAAGUAUACACCAAGAGAAGAAUGCAGAGCAAACACUGAAAGCGAAAGUUAGACUGGAUGUUAUGUUUGAAAAGGAUAAUCAUAACAGUAAGUGUUUAAAUGAGUCUAUAGGAACACCAACUUCAGGUUUAGCAAAAGGUCUAGGAAAAAAAGGGAAGUUAUCUCUGAACAAGAGUUCCACGUAUCUGAAAUGCUAUACGUGUGAAAAGUUCGUGAAAGAUAUGCACUUUGAGGAGCAUUUAUUUUUUGGGGAGACUGAGUGCACUCAGUGCAAUUGGAAGAUAUCCAGCUGUGAAGCCUUCAGAGAAAAUAAAAUAGACCAAAUAAUGGGUAAUUCAACGUGUCUACAUACUUUGACAUAUUGCAUGACACCUUCACAGUAUAUUUCAAACAAAAUAUCACAAGAAUCAAUUGCUGAAUUGGACAGAAGUAAAUUAACUAUAUAUGUACGCUCUCUAAAUCGGUUGGAAGGAUCUGAUCCAUGGAAAGAAGCAAUUGAUCAGUGUCUAGCUUCUUUUGAAGGUGAGACCUCUCAACUAAGUGAAGCAAAUGAAGAACACUUAAAUGUUUCAGAAUCAGAAACUGCCUUUCGUGUUCCAGAAGAGGCUGUUUCAACAAGCAAACAUGAAAUUAAAAACUCGACCUCGCUUGCAAAUGAAAAUGGUGACCUAAUCCUUUCUCAGUCAUAUAAUCUUGAACACUUAAAUGAUGCAGUUGAAUUUGAAAUAGCCAAGGAUUGUCAAGAGGUGGGGAUGGAAAGAUCACCUGCCUUGUUUACUGAAUCCAGUACUGACAGCCUAACACAUCGUCAAACCAAUGUUGAUAAUUGUAGUGGCAAUCUCGUUAAAGACGUGGUUUCCCAAGGCACAAGUUUGGCAGACAAGGCUGAAAUAGCUGGCGGUUUGAAUGGUGCUGAAAAAAGGAUCAUAGAGACCCCAUCAAAUGGGCAUUACCUCAUUGUCCGCCAUGCAAUUGAGGAGUGUCCCAUGUGUUAUACUGAAUUUUGUCCUUCAAGAUUUACUGUGAAUAUAAACACUUUCCUCCUCUCUACAGUGUGUAUUGGUUGUGAUUUGACUGUUUACAUAAUUUUUGAUCCUCCUGACGGUUCUGCCCCGAAGAUUUUCAUAGAGACAGAAAGUGCCCCUUCUGAGAAGCCAAAGAAGAGGAAGCCACGGGUUAAAGACUUCUUUAAAAGAUAAUCUCAUUCCAUCUAGUCAUACCAAUUUCUUAAUCUCAUGUUCUUUAUCAUUUGUACAUAUAUAUUUUUUAUACAUUGACCUGAUAAGUUAUUAUUAAAAAAUGAAAACGG